GCUGGCCAACCAGGGGCGGAGGCGGCGGCCAGGGAGGAAGCGGAGGAGGCGGAGGCGGCCGCGGCGUUCGCCCGCCCGCUCGCUCGCUCGGUUUCCCCGCCCCCGCCGGGCUUAACGCCGCUGAAGGUAGCCGGCUGCGCGCUGUCGCAACCUGCCCUCAUCCUGGCCCGCGACUGUAAGACCGGACCCACAUCCAGACCAGUCUCCCUGUCCCGGCUGCUGCGACGCGGGCUCCGCAGAUUGCAGGCGGGCGGCCGGGGCGCCUGAAGGUUACCGAGUGCAUGAGCGCCUAGCGCCUCCCGCGCUGCCCCGCCCGCUGGCCCGCCGGCCAGCCCGCCGGCUCGCCCGCCAGCCCGCCCGCCAGCCCCUCGGCGCCCGGCGGCGGCGGCGGCGGCGGCGACGGUCGCAGGAGGUACCGUCUCCCUCCCAGGUGCGCGCUUCGCUCCCGGAGCCGUGGAACUCGGCGGCCGCCAUGGCGUCCAACAUGGACCGGGAGAUGAUCCUGGCGGAUUUUCAGGCAUGUACUGGCAUUGAAAACAUUGAUGAAGCUAUUACAUUGCUUGAACAAAAUAAUUGGGACUUAGUGGCAGCUAUCAAUGGUGUAAUACCCCAGGAAAAUGGCAUUCUACAAAGUGAAUAUGGAGGUGAGACCAUACCAGGACCUGCAUUUAAUCCAGCAAGUCAUCCAGCUUCAGCUCCUACUUCCUCUUCUUCUUCGGCGUUUCGACCUGUAAUGCCAUCCAGGCAGAUUGUAGAAAGGCAGCCUCGGAUGCUGGACUUCAGGGUUGAGUACAGAGACAGAAAUGUUGAUGUGGUACUUGAAGACAGCUGUACUGUUGGAGAGAUUAAACAGAUUCUAGAAAAUGAACUUCAGAUACCUGUGUCCAAAAUGCUGUUAAAAGGCUGGAAGACGGGAGAUGUGGAAGACAGUACGGUCCUGAAAUCGCUACACUUGCCAAAAAACAACAGUCUUUAUGUCCUUACACCAGAUUUGCCACCACCUUCAUCAUCUAGUCAUUCUGGUGCCCUGCAGGAGUCAUUAAAUCAAAACUUCAUGCUGAUCAUCACCCACCGAGAAGUCCAGCGGGAGUACAACCUGAACUUCUCAGGAAGCAGUACUAUUCAAGAGGUAAAGAGAAAUGUGUAUGACCUUACAAGUAUACCCGUUCGCCACCAAUUGUGGGAGGGCUGGCCAACUUCUGCUACAGACGACUCAAUGUGUCUUGCUGAAUCAGGGCUCUCUUAUCCCUGCCAUCGACUUACAGUGGGAAGAAGAUCUUCACCUGCACAGACCCGGAAACAGUCAGAAGAACAAAGCACCGAUGUUCAUAUGGUUAGUGAUAGCGAUGGAGAUGACUUUGAAGAUGCUACAGAAUUUGGGGUGGAUGAUGGAGAAGUAUUUGGCAUGGCGUCAUCUGCCUUGAGAAAAUCUCCAAUGAUGCCAGAAAACGCAGAAAAUGAAGGAGAUGCCUUAUUACAAUUUACAGCAGAGUUUUCUUCAAGAUAUGGUGAUUGCCAUCCUGUAUUUUUUAUUGGCUCAUUAGAAGCUGCUUUUCAAGAGGCCUUCUAUGUGAAAGCCCGAGAUAGAAAGCUUCUUGCUAUCUACCUCCACCAUGAUGAAAGUGUAUUAACCAAUGUCUUCUGCUCACAAAUGCUUUGUGCUGAAUCCAUUGUUUCUUAUCUGAGUCAAAAUUUUAUAACCUGGGCUUGGGAUCUGACAAAGGACUCCAACAGAGCAAGAUUUCUGACUAUGUGCAAUAGACACUUUGGCAGUGUUGUGGCACAAACCAUUCGAACUCAAAAAACAGAUCAGUUUCCGCUUUUCCUGAUUAUUAUGGGAAAGCGAUCAUCUAAUGAAGUGUUGAAUGUGAUACAAGGGAACACAACAGUAGAUGAGUUAAUGAUGAGACUCAUGGCUGCAAUGGAGAUCUUCACAGCCCAACAACAGGAAGAUAUAAAGGACGAGGAUGAACGUGAAGCCAGAGAAAAUGUGAAGAGAGAGCAAGAUGAGGCGUAUCGCCUUUCACUUGAGGCUGACAGAGCAAAGAGGGAAGCUCAUGAGAGAGAGAUGGCAGAACAGUUUCGUUUGGAGCAGAUUCGCAAAGAACAAGAAGAGGAACGUGAGGCCAUCCGGCUGUCCUUAGAGCAAGCCCUGCCUCCUGAGCCAAAGGAAGAAAAUGCUGAGCCUGUGAGCAAACUGCGGAUCCGGACCCCCAGUGGCGAGUUCUUGGAGCGGCGUUUCCUGGCCAGCAGCAAGCUCCAGAUUGUCUUUGAUUUUGUAGCUUCCAAAGGAUUUCCAUGGGAUGAGUACAAGUUACUGAGCACCUUUCCUAGGAGAGAUGUAACUCAACUGGACCCAAAUAAGUCAUUAUUGGAGGUAAAGUUGUUCCCUCAAGAAACCCUUUUCCUUGAAGCAAAAGAGUAAACACGGCCCAGCGGUGGAACCAGCCAUUCCUUGACAAGCCAGCAGCCUGCGUCAGGAGAAGGGCUCCUCGCCAACCCACCCACACGCUCGUCUCACUCAAUUCAAUGUCACACUUCUGCCUCUUGCAAAAUUGCUGGAAAAAGUAAUAAUAAAUAUAGCUACUUAAGAUUUCCCA